AUGAAGAGCAGUGAUGUAGUGCUAAUUUCGUUACUGAGUAUAGGCGCUGUGGCAGUUUUGUUCGCUGUAGCUGCUUACCUUUAUAUAAGAAGAAGGCGACGGAAGAGGGAAGACGAUGAAGAUGGCACAAGCUGUGCUAUCAGAGCGGAUCCUUCUUCAGGCAGUGAUAGCAUCCGAGAAAAGAAUAUGGGGAGGCUUAAUGGAUUCCUCAAUUUGAAGACACCAUUGAUAAGUACAAAAACUCUGGGGUGA